UUGUUUUCUUCCGUUGCCAUGGGCGAUUCGCUCUCACAUGAUAACUUAUUUUCUCCGCCAUCUUUACAUAAUCAAAGAAACUUUGAUUCUAAUUUAGUUAAUUUCUCACCGACCAGUAGAUUAAUCAAUCUAAAUGAUUGUUUAAAUGUUCGUGUUCGUCGUAAUAUAUUAACUUUAAAUGAAUCACAAUUAGCUGAUUACAUUAACAGUGUUAAAAGAUUAUAUUUAGAUGGAACCAUUGAUCGGUUAGCUUUUUUUCAUCGGAUUCAUUAUCAUUCGUCUCACAAUCAACCGCUAAUCUUUUGGUGGCAUCGAUAUUUUAUUUGGAAAUUUGAAAAUGAAUUACAACGGAUUAAACCAGGAUUAACUAUUCCAUAUUGGGAUGCUUCUGAAGAAUAUAAGGAACCACACAAGAGUAUUGUUCUAUCGGAUAAAUAUUUCGGUGGAAAUGGAGAGGAACAAUUUCAUUGUGUGGUAAACGGUUUUCUUAAAUCACUUGUCACAAGGCUACCUGAUGGAAAGGCAAAUUGUAUCAAACGUGCUUAUUAUGGAUCAGUGGCUGGUACAUUGGACCCUUGGAAUGACACUCAGAAAAUUGUUGACAUUAUUAAAUCAUCUAAAGAUUCGGAAAAAUUUCGUGUUGCCAUGGAAGAUUCAAUUCAUUUGGAUGUUCACCAAGGUUUGGGUGGUUUAGAUGCAAAUGGUUAUAUGAAUUCACCGAUUUCACCUUUAGAUCCAAUUUUUUACCUUCAUCACGCAAAUUUGGACCGAUGGUUAUAUACAUGGCAAUUAUCAUCUUUUCAAAGAUUUGAGAUGAUUAAUGGUAAUCAACGGUUACUAAAUGGUACAUUAAUUAAAUUAACCAAAGAUUAUGAACUAGAUGGUUAUCAAAAUGUUACAUUGGACCAGAUUUUAAGAAUCCAGGAGAAACCUUUAUGUUACACUUAUGAUUAUUUACCUUUAGAUAAAUUGUCUUCAACUAAAUGAGA